CUCCCUGCUGAGCUGCACUUCCUCUGGAUAAGAGCUGUGACACCGACUAUCUUCAUAUCAGGCUAUGGAUGAACUGUAACCUGUCAGUUUCAGACGGGGCAGUGAGACGUCGACCACAUGCACCGAGGGGUUUUCCUCACGUUUCCCAGGACACGGCAGCUGACGCCUUCAGCACCGUGAAGGUCCUGUGUGUGCAGGACCAUCAUCGACAACAUGGUCGUUACCACAGGAGCUCAGCUGAGUGUGGUCUGUAUGAAGUCCACGCAUGUAUUCAGAGGCUGUCCUCCGGUGUCUCAGCUCAGCUGUGUUGAUCACCUUUAAGCCUAUUGGGAUCUUAUAUGAGAUGGUGAUGGGCUUAGAUGUAACUGCUGCUGGUGGGGGCUAUUCUCUGUGCAAGAGUAUUAGUGGUGCUAAAAGCAGUAAUACCAUCAGGACCGGCGAGGUUAUGAGAGCGUGCUGCUUUAAAGGAGGGGAGAAGAAAAGGGAGGGAUAAGCCUGGAGGAGGGGGAUCUUACAUGUCCUGAGGAAUCAGCACACUCCCCCCGUACAGAACGCCACGUACACACAGCACAGCAGAUGCACCUUUAGCUUUCUAGACAUGUUUGGUAAGUUGAAGGGCCUCCUCAGUGGCCCUCAGGUGCCAGCGGCUGCUGGGACCGCCAGAGUGGCCCCGGACCCGGCUCCAGCUCCGGCCAAGGAGGAGAAGGAAGCUGAUAAAGAGAAUGAGGCCAAGAAAGUGGACAAACCGCAGGAAUCAACUCCGGCCCCGGCCUCAGCUCCGGCUCCGGCCCCGGCUCCUGCUCCUGCUCCGGCCUCUGCCCCGACUCCUGCUCCGGCUCCUGCCCCGACUCCUGCUCCGGCUCCUGCCCCGGCUCCUGCCCCGGGCCCUACAGCAGCUCCAGCUAACCCUGACCAGGCGGGGCCUGAGGGACAGGAGGCGGCCCCCCCUCCGCCCCCACCCGUCCUCAUCAACAGGUACUCAGAUGAGCAGCUCAGAUCCAUCGUCACACGGAUGAGAGAGAGGCUGCAGCUCUACAAGGAGAAGGUGGCUGAUCAGUACGCUUCCUCCCCUGAGAUCAGCCCUCCUGUCACACCUCUGCUACUCAAAGACAACUACACUAAAGUCAUCGAGGAGAGGAAGAGACAAGCAGAGGAGGAACAGAUGAAGAAGGAGGAGGCAGAGAGGAAGAAGAAAGAGGAGCAGGAGAAGAAGAAGAAGGAGGACGAGCAGAAGAAGAAGGAGGAGGAGGAGAAGAAGAAAGCAGAGGGGAAAGAUGGGAAAGAGGAGGAGCAGAAGGUGGACGUGAAGGCCAGGUUUAUCAAAGCUGCCUGGUUUUCUGUGGACGUUGUGCUGAAGCCCAUUGAGGACAAGAUGGAUUCUGUGCUGGGGGUGACCAUCGACCCGUUCACAGACCGCCGCUACAUCGCCUGGCUGAGCUUAGUCACUCUGGCCUUCAACUACAACACCUGGUUCGUCACGGCCCGUCUGUGUUUCCCGUACCACACCGAGAGCGCCAUCCCCUUCUGGUUCGCACUGGACCUGCUGGCUGACCUCAUCUACCUCAUCGACUCCAUCAUCUUCCAGCCCCGCAAACAGUUCGUCAAAGGAGGAGACAUCAUAAAAGAUCGAGUGACGACAAAGAAGAACUACAGAGAUUCAGAGAGAUUUAAGCUGGACAUACUGUCCCUCAUUCCGUUGGAUGUGCUGUAUUUCCAGUUUGGAUUCAAAUCCAUUUUCAGAGCCAAUCGUCUGCUGAAGGCCGAGGCGUUUUUUGAGUUCAGUGAUCGUCUGGAGAGCAUCAUGGCCAAGGCGUACAUCUGGAGAGUCAUUCGCACCAUCGGGUACCUCCUCUUCAUGCUCCACCUCAACGCCUGCUUCUACUACGUGGCCUCAGACUAUCAGGGCAUCGGCAAGACCAAGUGGGUGUACUCUGGCCUCGGCAGCGCUUACCUCAGCUGCUUCUUCUAUGCGGAGAAGUCCCUGCUGAUGAUCGCUGAGCUGCCGCUUCCAGACACCGUGUUCGGGCAGAUCUUUCAGAUGGCAAACUACCUGUCUGGGGCUUUCUUUAUGUCCAUCGUUCUUGGCCAGAUGAGAGACGUCAUCGGUGCAGCCACAGCCGGACAGACUUACUUCAGAGCCUCCAUGGACAACACCGUGGCCUACAUGGUGACCAACCGCAUCCCCUCUCUGGUGCAGAACAGAGUCCGCACCUGGUACACCUACACCUGGGACGCUCAGGGCAUGCUGGACGAGUCUGAGCUGCUGGACAAGAUGCCGCUGGUGAUGAGGACCGCCAUCGCCGUGGACAUCAACCUGACCACCUUCCAGAAGAUCGACCUUUUCAAGGGCUGUGACCAGCAGAUGCUGGUGGACAUGCUGCUGAGGCUCAAGUCAAUCAUCUAUCUGCCUGGAGACUUUGUGGUGAAGAAAGGCGACAUCGGUAAAGAGAUGUACAUCAUUAAAAGCGGGGCGGUGCAGGUGGUGGGAGGACCUGACAACAGCAUCGUGUUCGUCACUCUGAAGGCCGGCUGUGUGUUUGGAGAAAUCAGCCUGUUACAGUCCUCCAAAGAUGGAGGAAACAGACGCACCGCUAAUGUCAAAGCCUACGGCUUCGCUAACCUCUUUGUCCUGGAGAAGAAGGACCUGUUUGACAUCCUCGUCCACUACCCUGAGUCUCAGAAAGUCCUGGCCAGGAAGGGAAGGAAACUAAUGAAGGCCAAGGGUCCAGCAGCAGCCAAAGCGGAGGAGGAUAAGAAGAAAGGAUUGGCGCUGUUUGGACCCAAACCAGCGACGCCCAAACUGCUGCGAGCUGUCGGAGGAAACAUCAACAGAAACUUCAUGGACAGACUGAAGACUGCUGCUGGUGGCCAGUGAAAACACUCUGUAGUGUAAAUGUACAGUUUUAUUUUCAGCAUCUUCUCUUUUGUACUGAGGCUUUUUUCUGUUGGAUUGUUGAAGUGCUGCUGUCAAACACUAUUUAAUUCUCUUUUUAAAUCCUUUUCCACCUGCUGGGAGCAGAGUCCGGCACAGUAGGAUGGUCAUUGUGAUUCACUUCACUGAAAUGAAUGAAUGAAUUCAGCAGAUGUAAACAAACACUAAAGGUGCAGUUUAACAUGUAUGUGC